AUGAGCUGCAAAUCGAAGGAAGACCGGAAAGCAUUGUGUUUCGGAGACCAAAAAUUUAACUUACAUGAGGUGGGAAAGGAAUUUGACCCCAAAGCAGCUCACCCCAUUCCAGGCUCCUUGGAUGUCUGUUUGAUUACAGAAGCGCCCCUGGAGGACGUGAUCAAGCGCCUCAAGGCUUUUGAUGUCCCCAUUGAGGAGGGUCCAGUCUCCAGAACAGGAGCAAAGGGGCCUAUUCUAUCCAUCUACUUCCGAGAUCCGGACAGAAAUCUCAUUGAGGUGUCCAACUAUGUCACCUUAUGAUUGACACUGGUCUUCUUCCAUUAUGAUCGACAAAAUGUCAUCUUAGCCCUAAUUUCCUACAAAUCCAAGAGACCUCGAAGAACUGAAAACUUGGGCAAAGGAGACCUAAUACAGGUUUAUGUGCAAACUUUUGUGUCUAGAGAGCCUCCAUUCAAGCUACUCAAAAUAAACGACAAAUCUCUCCAAA